GGCGGGCGUAGCGGAGGCCGGUGUGGUCGGAACCCGGGCGGAGGCAGGGCCGGCGCCGCAGGACUGAGGCGGACGGCAAGCGGGCGGCCAGGGCAGGGCGUCAGGCCGGUGCAGGCUGCGGGGCCGACGUCCCGGCCGCGGGAGCAGGGACGGAAGUUGGGGCGGGGCGGACCCGGGGGUGUUCUGAGGAGGCGGACUGGGGCGCCACGGGCUUCUGAGGGGCGGCUCGCUCCCUUCCGGCCCGGGGCUGGUCGGCGGGGCCGCGGGGGCAGGGCGGGCUGCGUGCUGGGUCUGGCCCUGCUCUGCGGCCCGCGCUCGGCGUUCCGGGCCUCCGGGCCGUGCGCCCGCCCAGGGGCUGCGGGUCUGGCCUCCAGGUGUGGACCUAACAGCGCCCUGUAGCCUUCUGAAGCGCUGACAUCUGCGAAGGGCUUUGUAUUGUAAACUCAAUCAGAGCGCGUCGUAGUCCCGGAAGCGCUUUGACAUCCCCGAAGUAGCGCUGUGCAAACUGAAGCGCUUGGUAAUCGCGGAAGCACGUUGUGGGCUCGGAAACCAAAUCGAACGAAGCCUUUGGUAAAUCCUGGGACCUUCUGGACUUCCCCGAAGCGCUUUGGAAUCGCAGACAUUCGAAGCGCUUUGACAUCUCUGAAACCUUGAGCACUGUGAUGGGCAGUGGAAAGAAGGGGGAAAGGUGCCCAUGGCGUCGGAGAGGCGCAAGGUCAAGUACCACUGGAGCAGCCCUUCGGAGCGGAGUUCCCGCAAGCGCAGCUGCCUCCGGGAGCCCAGUGAUGUGGCCCCCUCCAGCUGGCCAGCUCACAGCUCUGUGUCGCGUUCAGGAGGGGCCAGCAGCCCCAAGCGCAUGAAAACCCAGAAGGAGCAUGGUGUGUCCUGGGGCUCAUCCCGCCGCAGAAGUUCCUCCUCCUCCUCCCAUUCCUCUGGCCCAGGUGUGGGUGGGGCCGCCUCCAAAGGAGGCCUGAUUCAGAGCUCAGGAGAGUUCCUUUCGUCAGGGGGAUCCCCUCGGUGCCCUGCCAGACCUUCUCUAGAAGAAAUGGCUUCUCUCGAGGAGGAAGCCUGCAGCCUUAAGGUUGAUUCCAAAGAUAGUUCUCGUAACCCCAUGGAUUCUGAAUUUGCAGCUGAAGCUGACGUUCAAAAUGACAUAAUUGAGGAACCAAACAAGGUCCAGAAAAGGCAGAGGGAUAGACUUCGAGACCAAGGCUCUACCAUGAUCUACCUAAAGGCCAUCCAGGGCAUCCUGGGAAAGUCGAUGCCAAAAAGGAAGGGAGAGGCUGCCAUGAAGGCAAAACCCAACACGGCAGAGCGUGCCAGCCGCGGAGAGGGGCCAGCCAGGAGUGUCACCAUAUGUGCUGCUCAGAAAGAGAAAACGUCUGCCCCAGAGGUCAGAGCGGAGGAGGAGAAGGCUGUGCCGGAGAAGAGCGGCUUCUGGGACAGGAGAGUGGUGAUAGACCCUCAGGAGAAACCCAGCGAGGAGCCUCUGGGUGGCCGAAGGACAGUCAUUGACAAGCGCUGUCCAGUCCUGGAGUUUUUGGAUGACUCUGACUCGCAUGUAAACGGCCAGAAACCUAAAGACCGAGAGGUGGUGAUGGAGCGCAACUCUUCAGGAAGUGACUGGUCCGACGUGGACGAGAUUUCCACAGUCAGAUUCUCUCAGGAGGAGCCCGUAUCCCUGAAACCCUCAGCGGUUCCAGAGCCUUCUCCCUUCCCCACGGAUUACGUCAUGUACCCGGCUCACUUGUACAGCAGUCCCUGGUGUGACUACGCCAGCUACUGGACCAGCGGUCCCAAGACCCCCGGCUACCACUCCGUGGGCAGUGGCGGCAGCGACACCGUGCAGGUGGAGAGGAGCGGCCGGGGCUCUUCCCCCCACUCAACGGUGAGCCCCCAGCACAACUCCAGAGAGCGCCAGGCCGCUGAGGAAGGCAGAUCCCGGAAGUCGCGUUCAUCUCGUUUCUCCAGAAGCUCGGAAGAAGAAGAGGUGAAGGAGAAAAGAACAUUCCAGGAGGACGUGCCGCCACGUCCGUGUGGAGGACCCGCAUCUAGCUCCCUGCCCAGGAGCCGUCGGGAGCCCAGGUUGGAGGGUUUCAUCGACACCCAUUGUCACUUGGACAUGCUCUAUUCCAAGCUGUCGUUCAAAGGGAGCUUCACAAAGUUCAGGAAAAUUUACAGCAGCUCCUUCCCUAAGGAGUUUCAGGGCUGCAUCUCCGACUUCUGCGAUCCUCGCACACUGACAGAUGGCCUCUGGGAGGACCUGUUGAAAGAGGAUCUGGUGUGGGGGGCCUUUGGCUGUCACCCCCAUUUUGCACGUUACUACAAUGAGAGUCAAGAAAGAAAUCUUCUGCAGGCCUUAAGGCACCCCAAGGCCGUGGCAUUCGGGGAGAUGGGCUUGGAUUACUCUCACAAGUGCACCACGCCUGUCCCGGAGCAGCACAAGGUGUUUGAGAGGCAGCUGCAGCUGGCCGUGUCUCUCAGGAAACCCUUGGUGAUCCACUGCCGAGAAGCUGAUGACGAUCUGCUGAAAAUCAUGAAAAAAUUUGUGCCUCCAGACUACAAGAUUCACAGGCAUUGCUUCACCGGCAGCUACCCGGUCAUUGAGCCCCUGUUGAAGUACUUUCCCAACAUGUCCGUGGGCUUCACGGCGGUCCUGACCUACUCCUCUGCCUGGGAGGCCCGGGAAUCUCUGAAACAGAUCCCGCUGGAGAGGAUCAUCGUGGAAACUGAUGCUCCCUAUUUCCUGCCUCGACAGGUUCCCAAGAGCCUUUGCCAGUACGCCCACCCAGGCCUGGCCUUGCACACGGUUCGAGAGAUUGCCAGGGUCAAAGACCUGCCGCUUGCCCGCACCUUGGCCACCCUGCGUGAGAACACCUGCCGCCUCUACAGUCUUUAAGCAGAGGGUGCCGUCAGGAGUCUCCCAGAAAAGGAUGACCAGUGGCCUGGCAGGAGAAAGGCCGUGUGAGCUCUGCCUGUGUGUCCCUGCUCGAGGAUGUUUGAGAGCCCGCUGGGAUGGAGGAAACCCGGACAGGACGUUUCCUGAGACCUCGUCGGAGGCUUCCGCUUCAGGCUGGUUGGGGGUGGGGCCGGCGUGUGGGGGGCUGGUGAGGGGCUCGGGCUGGCCUCCCGGCUGCAGUGCUCCAGGGCAGCCCGGGAAGAAGAGGAGGCUGAUGUGAGGGUGCAGCGAGCUUGCCCGCCCAGUGCCUGUCUCCGCAGCUUGUGGUGCGAGCAGUCCGUGAAUAAAGUCACACUGCUCCUCAGCGAAGUGCACGUAGGCGUGUAGCUUGGUUCCUGGUUCUCCACUGUCAACACGAACCCCCGGUGGGAGAUCUCCUCUGGGGGACAUUUGCCAGAGACCUGUGUUAGAGGCUGAUGCUCCUGCGGCCAGAGAAGGCAGCCCCUCCCUUCCCCGGGUGACUCUUCAGUCUGGCUCUCACUGUUGCUGCGUCAGCUCCGAGUUGGCACUGGCGGAAGGACCUUGGCUGCUGGUCUCACUGGUUCCACUGCCAUCAAUAUGGAGGGGCCAAAGGGGCGCUCACGGUCCAGGGCAAGUCCUGGCCGAGGAACAUCUGGACAGACUGGGGGACUUGAGGAGGAGGAAACCUGCUUGAGGAAGACGACCCCGAGGAAGGUGAUCCCACUUACCGAGGCCCCCAGGGCUGCAGCUCAGUUGUGUUAAACUGACAGGGUCCAGUCUGCAGCAGAUGCUGUCUGCUAGUCUGCCGUCAGGGGGUGACGCUGGAGCACUGGACCAGAAAUACUCCUGUUUCAUCUCAUGUGACAGCCCCUUGUGUGCCCCAUCCAGGUCGAGAGGUAAACCAAUUUAAUUUUCCAAAGCUCUGCUGGCGCUGCCCAGCCCUGUUCUAUUGCCUAUGCAGAACAAGAGGCCUGGUGUCCAUGGAUCUCCCGUUCCCCGUCUUGGGGCUCUCCCUUGCCUUGGCCUCUGCUGCGUCCUUUCUCCGUGGUGAAAGUGAGAGCCCCUUCUUGGACUUUGAACAGCCAGGUCAUCUCAAGUUCUGAGCUGUGCUCUGCUCCCUGCUGGUGCCUUGUAAAGGUGUGUUCAUUACAGGCCCUGGAAGGUUAUGACGGUCAAGGGUUAAGUGUGAGGAUGCUCUGCAUUUGGGACAAAAGGAUCCUUUUUUCCAAUCUUCCUCAGUGCGACAGGCCACCCUGAGUCCCUUGUCUGUUUCUUGGAGGCCAGUAGCUGAAAUCGUAAGAUCCAUCGCUUAUGCUGGAUGCCUCUAGGUGUUUGUGGAAGGUGCUUUUGAACCUUGUAACCUGCAAGGGAAUGGACUUUGCAUUUCAUAUGUGGUAUUUCCCUCUUGCCCCGGUACCCAAGUUGCUGGCCUGGGAAGUAGGCCUUAAUUCACUGUCGACCUUCCGUGGAUCAGCUGUGCGUCAUCUGUGCUGCAGAUUUGGCAAAUCCGGGGCCUUGUUCUCCUGCUUGGAAGAUUUGGAGGACUAAGUAUUUCACAGCGCUUUGUUGUCACCCAAUGAACUGUCCCUUAUCCAUCUCCUUCACAACAAGGCCUGUACAUCACAACUGCCUCCGAGGGAAACCAGCCGGGCCUGUGUUCAAGGACUAAGAGUGAUAACUCAGUGGAUGUCUCUGAGCCAUUGCAGUCUCCCUGCCAAAGUAAAGCACAAGGUGCUAUAUACUUUUAUCUCCAGGAUUUAGGAUUAUCAUUUCUGUUACUCAGUGAAACAUUACCUGUGUGGGAGUGAAAGCUUGUUGGCAUUGUUUUUGAUUGGUUUUGGAUGGCUGACUUGAUUGUUUUUGCUGUGUUGCCGGAAUGCCUCUGUAUCUCUGCCCCCUCGCUCCCUUUGACCAUCUCUUUCUGAAAAUAAAGUGAUGGAUCUUCAGCCAACUCCCAUGGUCUCCAUGUUCGUUUAUAUUUCUCAGUGUUAACGAUGGUUUAGUUGCUGACUAGCUUUGUAACCUAAGAAUCCAAAGGUCUGGAGACAUUCACAAAUAUACCUGUGCCUCAGCAAAAUUCAACUGGAAAGGGCUUCCCUGGU